AUGUUUUUUUCUUACCAGGCCUUCCUCCUGGCCAGCUGCAUUCCCGUAGGAUUCUGGGCAUCGGCCCAGACGAUCGUCGUGAAUGACACCAAGAUUGCGGCUAACCUGUCCACCGUCGCCCCCGCCGCUGAGGUAAUCUCGGGCAAUUCGGGACUCUUGGACGAGGAAACCUCGCAGCUGACAGAUGCCGUCCUGGCAAACCUCACGGACCUGUCUCUGACCAACAUCUCGCUGUUCGCAUUUGCAGACAGCAUUACGAGUAAAAAGGACAGGCGGGCUCCCUCGGAAAGUUGCAAAACGUACCCCGGCGAUGCCUCAUGGCCCAAUAAUAUGACCUGGGGCAUGCUGGACCUCCUCACGGGAGGCGCCCUGAUCAAGACGGUCCCUAUUGCGUCGCCCUGUUAUAAUAAUUGGGGUAACUACGAUGCAGCAAGGUGUAAAUAUGUAACGGAUAAGUUCUCUAACGUCAGCCUUCACUUGGCCGAUCCUUCCUCCGUCAUGUUCCCCUUAUGGGAGGGCACAACCUGUAUGCCCACCGCCGACAUGACGGAAAGCUGCACACUAGGCGGCUACCCCUCAUACAUCGUCAACGUGACCAAAGUAGCCCAGAUGCAACUCGCAGUCAAUUUUGCCCGAAACCAGAACCUGCGUCUCGUCAUCAAGAACACGGGCCACGAUUUCUUAGGCCGUUCUUCCGGUGCUGGUGCCCUGUCUGUCUGGACCAACCACUUUAAGAGCAUUGUCUUUGAGGAGAGUUACACUGCUACUGACUACUCCGGCCCGGCCAUCAAGAUCGGCGCCGGGGUUGAGAACAAGGAGCUUUAUGAAGCGGCUGAGAAAUUCGGCGUUACGGCUGUUGGAGGGUUGUGCACGACGGUUGGCGUUGCUGGUGGUUAUAUCGCCGGUGGUGGCCACUCACCCAUGUCACCUCACUACGGCAUGGGAGCUGAUCAGGUGUUGAGUCUUGGUGUAGUCACCGCAGAUGGCCGGUUUGUUACGGCCGAUGCGACGCAGAACCAGGAUCUCUUCUGGGCGUUGAGGGGUGGUGGUCCUAGUUCAUACGGCAUCGUCACCUCAGCUACCCUCAAGGUCUACCCCAAACUCCCCGCAGUAGCCAUCAUGAAGUUUAGCUUCACCGCCUCCAGCGCCGCCGCCUGGGAGGCUAUCAAAGCCUACUGGCAAGCCGUCCCAUCCUUCAUUGAUGACGGCCACUACAUGUACUGGAAUGUCAUUCCCCUAGGCAAUGGCACCAUCAGCUUCGGCAUAUACCCCUGGUUCGCACCCAACACCACGACGGAGCAGCUCAAAAACUACACCGCCCCCCUAUUCGCCACCUUCGCCAGCUAUGGCGUCGACGUGACCCCGACCUACCAAGAAUUCACUAGCUACUUACCCGCCUGGCAUGCCUCGACCGACGCCGAAGCCGUCAGCAGCAUCACAAGGCGAAGUACGUCUCGCCUCUUCCCCCGGGAGUACAUAGAAGAUGCCACGAAAUUCAACCAGACCUUCACCGCGCUGAAGUCCAUAAUCGACCUCGGUGGCGUCCUGGUCGGGUACGGCAUCACCGGCGGGCCGGCGAACGUCUCUAUUCCCGAUAACGCCGUGAACCCAGCCUGGCGCGACACGGCCCUGUUCGUCAUCCCCGCCGUAUCGUGGGGCGCCGACCUGUCGCGCGAGGAGGUCGCCGCAUUCAGCAUGAACUUCACCAACUCGUGGCUGCAGCCCCUACGCGAUGCGUCGCCAGGGGUGGGCGCCUAUGCCAACGAGGGGGACAUUAUGGAGCCUGAUUUCCAGCAGAGCUUCUGGGGCACGCCGUACGAGCGGUUGUAUGCUUUCAAGCGGAGUGUUGACCCGACGGGCUUAUUCUACGCUCAUGAGGGGGUUGGGAGUGAGGAUUGGUAUGUUACGGGACAGCUGGAGGGGCUGCCUACGCAGAAUGGUAAGUUGUGUCGUGUAUAA